UUGCAGAAGUCAUGAAUCAUCACUGAGGACCGGAGCCGUAGCUUGUGACCGUACGGGGGUGUAUUUACGGGAAUUCCUCACCCCUUCGCUAAACCAAGUCCAGUUAGAAACAAAAUCAAUUAUUUUUGGAGUUAGUUAAAUCAAAAUCGACAUUGAUAAACUAGCACUUCGGGCUAGGCAUUCAGCAUUAGGUGUAACUCUCACUCGGCUAGCUAGCUAGCCAGCCCGACCUAGCAGACGCUCCCUACCAACUCAGAAACGAACACAUCUGACUUUUGUGAAAGAUGGCUGACAACGGAGUGCACCCAGCCGAGGAGGAUCCAGCAGCGGCGUUUUUGGCCCAACAAGAGACGGAGAUAGCCGUGAUAGAGAAUGACAGCGAUGGAUUUGUACCGUUGGAGGAAACCGGCGGACAGCCGUCUUUACAGCAGGCUGUGAGCUACGACGAUUUUGGUGAGGAAUCUGCCACAAUGAACGGGGAUAUGUUUCAGGAGUCCAAUGGCCCAACAGACAGCUAUGCAGCAAUUGCUCAGGUGGAUCAGCUUAGGCAAGAACCAGAGAGUCUACGCAAAUGGAGGGAGGAGCAGAAGAAACGACUGGAAGAGCUGGAUUCAGCAUCCAAGGCCGCAGAGGCUGAGUGGAAAGACAAGGCCAGGAAGGAGCUGGACGACUGGCAUGUGCACCAGAAUGAGCAGAUGGAAAAGAACAAGGCCAACAAUAGAGCAUCCGAGGAGGCUUUCCUGGCAGAGUGUGAUGGUGACAGCCCAGGGUCUGAGUGGGAGAGAGUGGCUCGCCUUUGUGACUUCAACCCAAAAACCAACAAGCAGGCAAAGGAUGUUUCUCGGAUGCGUUCUGUCCUGAUUUCUCUCAAACAGACACCACUUGUUCGCUAGGGUGCACCACAGACAAAUGUCCUUUAAACAUCGCCUUUUCGGUUUGUUUGUUUUUUUAACCCUUUUUGUGUCAAAACAAUUUGUAUGCCUUCUCCCAUAAAUUUAUGAACCUUUCACGAUUUGUUUAUAACCCCUGAAAACCUCUCCCAUCUUUCUUAAUGCCUAUUAUGACAAAUAUUCAUAUAGUAUACCUCACUCUCUGAGAGAGAUGGACUGCUCAAUUGUUUUAACAUACUUUAGCGAGUCACAAUUUAUCACUACUAUAUUGAAGUAAAUAUUGUUACUGUAAAUGAAGCCUUUUCCUUCCCCUUGAAUUUAACAAGGUUAUUAGGUCAAUUUACUGCAUGUAUUGCCAAUAUUUUGGAUGUGUUCUGUGUUAGUUGGUUUAUUUGCAUAUUUGGUCAUUUACCACUAACUUUAUUUCAGUUUAGUUAGAAAGUUUACCAUGCACUAUUUAGGAACAGAUUGUAACCAUCUAUGCCUGAUGUGAAUGAAGAACCAUAGUCACAAAUUCAAAUUUGUUGUACAAUAUCUUUAAUUAGAAUUAAGGCGGCUAGGAUUUUUUAUUUUGAAAUGCUUGAAGUUUGUGGCUUUUUUAAAAAUCUCAUUUAUUACCCUUACUCCAGUUUUUCCUAAUUUCUUGUCCCGAUUAAUGUCCUUUCUAAUUAAGCUGGGCACACUUGAGGACAGUCAGUAUGAUUUACCCCCAGAUUGGCCCAUCCAACCCAAUUGGAGGCAUGAUCAGGACCAAGAUUAACUUUUAUUGUGAGUGGCUAUUCUAAACCAUGCAAGUUAACAGAUCUGGGUUAACCCAAACAGGUGAUAAGGAUAACAGAUAAAUUAGAAACAAUGUCAAAGUUAAAACGCACACACGAGCUGUUACUCAAAUGUUGUAUUUGUUAUUGUUUCCAUUUUUCGGCACUGUAGGCAGAACCAGGAUAUCAGACUUCAUUGGUUUCACUGGUAUAAUGUUGGCUGAUGCAGCUUCCUCUGAAGUUUGGUGUCAGUAAUAGGAAUAAGAAGGGUAAUGUAUUUUUGAUACCUUUUUAGUUUCGGUUUCGAAGGACGCAUUUAUGACAAAACUGAAAAUCGUUUUAAAAAUCUGAUAGAAUUAAGUCUGCUAGUGUGUGCCUAGCCUGAGACAUCCGUUUGAAGAAAAAAAAUCAAGUGAAGGAUUGUAUUGCAAUCAAAAUGUCCACCACUCCCACAAUAAUUAUGAAUUUAGGCCCUCACUAUUGAGUACUCCAUUGAAACUCAGAAAAACAAUUGCUUGUACACCAAUGUAAUAUUGAAGUUUCUGAAUAGUAACAAAUAAGGUCUAAUUCAUAGUAAAGCCUAGAUUUUGUUUCACAUGUUGCCUAAGUGGACAUUAUGAAUCCAGAAAAGUGAAUGUGAACUUGGAAACAGAAUAAACUAUGGAGUAUAAUCAGCCUGUUCUUAACCUCUUCCCUGUAUAGUUACCAGUGUAGUACCUAAACAACAUAUUUAACCCCAUAAUUGUCCAAUGGAAGUGUUCAAAGACAAGUGCAAGGCUGUGGUUAUACUAAAUAGCUUGUUUGUUCCUAACCCUCCUUAGCAUAGCAGCUACUCAACCAUGCCUUUACUGUAAAAAAAAAAUGUUUAGUCUAUUUAUCUUGUAAAAUAAAGGUUAAAUUUAAAAUUGUUCUCUACCUUCACUCCAGAAUGUGCAGUUUUAUC